AAACAUCAACAUUCAUAUUGGAAUGACAUCUGUUCAUCAAUUACAACCAUAGGUUGGCUGUGGAUGCAAGAGUUAGGCAAAAUUUGAGAAAAGUUUACUCUAAGAGUAAACUGGCCCUACAGGAUUCACAAUAGAGUAUUUGUAGAAUUUUAUUAUUUUAGAUUUCUUUUGGUGAAAGUUAUGAUAAACACACAUUCACACACACAUAUACAUUGUUUCAGGCAGCCCAUUAUUGAAUCUUUACAAGAACACAUACUGUCUCUUCUGCACUAGAAUGUAAGUUCCUUGAUGGCAGAAUUUUUUUUUUAUUCCAGCACUUAGAACACACCGGACACACAGCAGAUACACAUGAACGAGCACGUAUGACAUGAAUGAACAGAUGAGCACAGUUGAGAACCAGGUUUCAUGGGCUGAUUGUCAGACCUUAUGUUCCCAGUUCCACCAUUCUCCAACUGUGUUGGCCUUGAGUAAAUUAUUUAAUUUCUUUGAACCCUGAUUUCUUCAUUUAAAAAAGGUGGUGGGAGAAUCUUCCUACCUUGCAGGGAGAUGGUAACAGUAUAUGCCUCUGUCUGGCACCUACUAGGUAUGUGCACAGACAGGAGUCACCUUCCCACCCUCCACCCCGCCACACACACACUCCUUGGAGACCCAGCCCCGCCACUGUCACACAUUUCAGUGACGUCACAGCCCCCUCCCUGGGAGCACCAGCAUGAGCACCCUGACGCCCGCCUGAGUGUGGGCUGAGCUGGGGGCGGACAGGGCGCAGGUAGGGCCAGGCACCAGGCUCGCGCCGUCUGUCCAGGAUGUGCCACAGCUCCAGCAUGCAUCUGAAGACAAAGAAGAGGCCCAAGAAUAGGGUGGUUUCCAAGAUGCAAGCUAAGGAACCACAGGACAAGAUACAUCAGCCUAUCAGCAAAGUAAUUGAGCGGAACCGACUUAAAAUGGUAUUAAAACACUUGUCACUCUUGAAGCUGCUCAAAAGCUCGAAUCCUCGGAUCCAAGAACUGUAUAACCUGGCCAGAAGGUGUUGGAAUUCACUGCUCAGGGUUCCAAAGAUCCUGGGGAUCUCCUCUGGGUACGACAAUGUCUGCGAUGAAGUGGAACAAAAUAACAAAGCGCUCCAGGAGGAGGCUGGGUGUUCCUACCAGAAACUGGACUCCACGAGCUUCAAGCCCACAGGGGAGCCUGAGGAGUCUGAGGAGUCUGAGGAGCCUGAGGAACGUGAGGAGCCUGAGGAACGUGAGGGGCCGAGGCCCAGGGCACAGGAAGCUACGCCCACACAGAAAGAGGAGCAGAUGGAGCCUGAGGCCUCGACGGCAUCGCAGGGUCACGGCCUGACCACUGGUCCCGGAGCCCAGGCAGGGCAGCCACCCACUGGGGACCCCCGACUCAUCUUCCGGAAGACCCCCAAGGACAGAACUCCCAUGGAGGGUGCCAAACAGCCAGAAAGAGUGAAACAGCGGGUCUGGUUUGAGGGGCUGCCCACACGAGUCCACCUCCCAGGGCCCCGGGUGAUGUGCAGAUCCUCCGCCUUGCGCUGGGUCAAGCGCUGCUGCACCCGCUUAUGCUCGGCGUCACUGGAGAUGCCGAUGGUCCAUCUGUACAAGGUGUGACCUUGGACAGGAGCCCGGGAGCCCGAGGUGUGCGGAGAGCGCGGGAGAUGGCACAAUCAUGGGCCGGGAGGGAAGGGCGGGAGAAUUCAUGAGUCUACAAAUAAAAUCUCCUAUAUGCCACUGGCUCUGCCUGUUUUUCUGGGACUGGACAGGAUGGAGGAAAGUCUCUCCGACAAGGUAAGGGCUGGGGGUGGGGGUGUGAAUCACUACUUCAGGGUAAUCUCAGUCUAU